AUAUGAUUAGUUAUUUUUAUUAUGUAUUUAUUUGGGAAUAUAAUUUUUGUUUCUAAGUAUAAACAUUUAUUAAUUAUUUUAUUAAGACUUGAGUUUAUUGUUUUGAGAAUUUUUUUUUUUUUUUUAUUGUUUUUAAUAACAAUAAAUUAUAAUAUACAUAUAUUAGUUGUUUUUUUAGUUUUUUCUGUUUGUGAGGGGGUUUUAGGACUUUCUAUUUUAGUUUCAAUAAUUCGAACUCAUGGAAAUGAUUAUUUUCAAAGUUAUAAUUUAAUUUAACAUGAUAAAAUUUUUAAUAAUAAUAAUAUUUAUAAUUCCUUUAUGUUUUAAAAAAAAUAUAUUUUGAAUGGUUCAAUUAAUAAUAAUAAUAAUAACUUUAAUAUUUUUAAAUUUAACUUUAAAUAUUAUAAAUUUUUCUAAUUUAAGAUAUAUAAUAGGUUGUGAUUUAAUUUCUUAUGGUUUAAUUUUAUUGAGAAUUUGAAUUAGAAGUUUGAUAAUUAUGGCUAGAGAAAGUUUAUUAAAAAAAAAUUUUUAUGAAAAAUAUUUUUUAUUAAAUAUUAUUUUAUUAUUAGUAUUAUUAUAUUUAACUUUUAGAAUUAUAAAUUUAUUUAUAUUUUAUUUAUUUUUUGAGGCAAGAUUAAUUCCUACUUUAAUAUUAAUUAUUGGGUGGGGUUAUCAACCUGAACGAAUUCAAGCUGGAAUAUAUUUAUUAUUUUAUACGUUAUUUGUAUCUUUACCUUUAUUAUUGGGGAUUUUUUUUCUUUUUUUAAAAAUAAAUACUAUAAUAAUAUAUUUUUUAAAGUUUUAUGAUUUUAAUUUAUUAUUGUUAUAUUUUAGAAUGGUAAUAGCUUUUUUAGUAAAAAUACCUAUAUAUUUUACUCAUUUAUGAUUGCCUAAGGCUCAUGUAGAAGCUCCUAUUUCUGGUUCUAUAAUUUUAGCUGCUAUUAUAUUAAAAUUAGGUGGUUAUGGAUUAUUACGUAUUUUAGUUGUUAUACAGAAAGUUAAUUUAAAAAUAGGGUUUAUUUGAGUGGUAAUUAGAUUGGUUGGUGGUUUAUUUAUUAGUUUAAAAUGUUUUUGUCAAACUGAUAUAAAAUCUUUAAUUGCUUAUUCUUCAGUUGCUCAUAUAAGAAUUGUAAUUGGUGGAAUUAUGACAAUAAAUUAUUGGGGUUUUAUAGGUUCUUAUGUUUUAAUAAUUGGUCAUGGUUUAUGUUCAUCGGGGAUAUUUUGUUUAUCUAAUAUUAAUUAUGAGCGAGUUAAUAGACGAAGUUUAUUUUUAAAUAAGGGUAUAAUAACUUUUAUACCUUCAAUAAGAAUAUGAUGAUUUUUAUUUAUGUCUUCAAAUAUAGCAGCUCCUCCUUCUUUAAAUUUAAUAGGUGAAAUUAGAUUAAUUAACAGAUUAGUAAGAUGAUCUUGAAUAAGAAUAUUUAUAUUAAUGGGAAUUUCUUUUUUUAGAGCGGGGUAUAGAUUGUAUUUAUAUUCUUUUACUCAACAUGGGAAAUAUAAUAUAAGAAUAUAUAGUUUUUAUAGAGGAUUAUCUCGAGAAUAUUUAAUAUUAUUAUUACAUUGAUUACCUUUAAAUAUUUUAGUUUUAAAGAUUGAUUAUAUAAUAAUUUGAUUUUA